UCUCUCACAGAAGAUGAACACUACGGCUCCCACCCUCUCCAGCAAAAGACUGGAAGGGAAGGUGGCAAUCAUCACCGGUGCAGCAAGCGGCAUCGGCGAGAGCACGGCACGCCUCUUUUGGGCCCAUGGGGCCAAAGUCGUUAUUGCCGACGUACAAGAUGAUCUAGGCAGAGCCAUAUGCCAAGACCUGGACGAUAAUGCAAUGUACGUCCACUGCGAUGUGACCAAUGAAGAUGAUAUGCGGGACCUUGUCGAUCUGACCAUUGAAAAAUAUGGAAAGCUCGAUAUCAUGUACAACAAUGCAGGGGUCGCGGACAAUACAGCUAAGAGUAUCCUAACCAUUGAAAAAUCAAAACUAGAGAGGGUCCUUAGUGUAAACCUCGUGGGAGGGUUCCUGGGGACGAAGCAUGCUGCAAGGGUCAUGGUCCCGGCUCGCAAAGGGUGCAUUUUGUUUACAGGGAGUGCUACUGCAUCGAUUGCUUGCACUACAAACCAUUCAUAUGUAGCAUCGAAGAGUGGGCUCACAGGGCUGGCCCAGAACGUCUCUGCCGAGCUUGGGCAGUUUGGAAUACGUGUGAAUUGCAUUUCGCCCUACGCCGUGGCUACUAACAUGGUGAAAGGGCUACUGCCUGGUGGGAGUACAGAGCAAUUAGAAGCGUUCCUAAGCAAUGCAGGCAAUCUCAAGGGUGCAGUCCUAAGGGCAGAUGAUGUUGCACGGGCCGCGCUCUUUCUAGCCAGCGACGACGCAGGUUAUGUCAGUGGGCUCAACCUUGUUGUAGAUGGAGGGUUCAGUGUGGCUAACCCUUCUGUGGCCAUGGCCCUCAAACAAUCCCACUGAUUUGGGAUGCGUUUUUAAGUUCUACAUUUCGAGUUUGUGGAAAUUUCAUUUUUACUGAAUUUGAAUAAAGUUGUGCUGAUUUAGUCAUCUAAA